CUCUCCAAGGCUUCAGGGAAGUUGUGGCAGAUAGGCUAGGUUGUUGUCUUUGUACAAGGAGACAUUAAGCUAGCCAGCGAGCAUAACAUUUUCUCCCUUCACGUUAUAUACCUACAUAUAGUGUAUGGUUCAAUAGCUAGGUGGAACGGAAACACGGCGAACCAGGCAGUAGUAUGGAGCCUCAUAUACACGUUUCACUCUUCUGCCUCUUUAUUGGUGUCGUCUCUCCGAGGACCGCGGAGGCCAGUGUGGACACUCGUAUCAAACCGGGAGUGAACAACUACAGCAAAUAUUACAAUUAUUCGGAGUUGACGGGGCUUCUUCAAACCAUGGUCAAUACCUAUCCCCACAUCUCGAACCUGUCCAGCGUAGGGCGGUCCGUCCAGGGCAGGGAGCUGUGGGUCAUGCGGAUCACAAAGGACCCCAACACAGACGAUCCGGGGAAACCUAGGUUCAAAUACGUGGGAAACAUGCACGGCGACGAGACAAUAUCCAGGCAGGUGCUGGUGUACCUUGUGGACUAUCUGCUGACCAAGUACGGUGAAGACCAACGCGUCACGGAGCUGGUGAACACCACGGAUAUUUACAUCAUGCCCAGCAUGAACCCAGACGGCUUCGAGAAGUCCGUGGAGGGCGAAUGUGCUGGAACCGAUGAGGGUCGUCUAAACGCAAGAAAAAUCGACCUCAACCGAAGCUUCCCCGACCAGUUUGAAGAAACGGUGGUUACUAAAGAGGAUGCCCCAGAAGUAUGGUCCAUUAUUCAAUGGAUAUUGGCCAAAAGAUUUGUGCUCUCGGCCAACCUGCAUGGUGGCACCGUGGUGGCCAGCUACCCCUUCGACGACUCAGCCAACCAUCAGAUUGAGGGUUCAUACAGCCGCUCAGACGAUGACCUUUUGUUUCGUUACCUGGCCCGCGUCUAUGCAAAAAACCAUCCUGUGAUGAGGACCGGCCAUCCCAACUGCCCUGAUAAUCCAGAUGAGAGCUUCGAGGAAGGCAUCACCAAUGGAGCCAGGUGGUAUGAUGUACCUGGAGGGAUGCAGGACUUCAACUACCUCCACGGGAACUGUCUGGAGAUCACCAUGGAGCUGAGCUGCUGCAAAUACCCCCCUGCCUCUGAGCUCAGGAGCGAGUGGGACAUGAACAGAGAGUCGCUGAUGGCCUACAUGGAAAUGGUUCACAUAGGGCUGCGUGGCUAUGUGACAGAGGCCAACAAUGGCUCCGGCCUCCCUGACGUCAGAAUCGUGGUGGCAGGCAUCAACCACAACCUGACCACAGGACAGCACGGCGAGUACUAUCGUCUCCUUAUCCCCGGACAGUACAACAUCUCCGCCAUCGCGCCGGGGUACACCACCCAAACGGUCCACAACGUCCUGGUGACCAAGGGGAAAGCCACUGAGCUCAACUUCACCGUGACACCCGCUCCCAGCGCGCUUGUGAGCGGCGUCCCCGUGACGACCUCAGCCGCGACGUCCGCACAGAGCACGGCCCAGAGCACCGCUCAGAGCAGCACCCCCGCGCCCGAACCCACCCCUUCCGCGGAGAACAAGGCCCCGGCCUCCAGCGGGAACCGCAGCGACCCCCCCCCCCCUCCCACCGCCGGCCCAGAGGUCAGCCCCCCCCUUAUGCCGCAGGACUUCCGCCACCACAACUAUGCCGACAUGGAGCUGUUCCUGCGCAGGCACAGCGUCGAGUUCCCCGCCAUCGCACACCUCUCCUCCGUGGGUAGGUCGGUGCAAGGCCACGAGCUGUACGUGAUGGUCAUCUCCGACAACCCGACGGUCCACGAGCAUGGAGAGCCCGAGUUCAAGUAUGUCGGCAACAUGCACGGCAACGAGGUGGUGGGACGGGAGCUGCUGCUCAACCUCAUCGAGUAUCUCUGCCGUAACUAUGGCAACGACCCCGAGGUCACCCAGCUGGUCAACAGCACACGCAUCCACAUCAUGCCCUCCAUGAAUCCGGACGGCUACGAAGUUGCCAGGGAAGGGGAUAAACAAGGCUACCUGGGACGGAACAACAGCAAUAACUUUGACCUGAACCGCAACUUCCCCGACCAGUUUGUGAACAUCACGGAGCCAAGGCAGCCGGAGACGGAGGCCGUGAUGAGCUGGCUGGAGAGCGUCCCCUUCGUGCUGUCGGCCAACCUUCACGGGGGCUCUUUGGUGGUUAAUUACCCCUAUGAUGACGACAGAGAAGGAGUCUCGCAGUACAGCAAGUGCCCCGAUGACGAGAUCUUUCACCAGGUGUCUAGAGCCUACGCACAGGAGAACGCUCUGAUGCACAAAGGGCACCCUUGUGAGAUGCUGUACCCAGAGGAAUAUUUUGGGGAGGGCAUCACCAAUGGUGCCAACUGGUACAAUGUUCCUGGAGGCAUGCAGGACUGGAAUUAUUUGAACACCAACUGUUUUGAGGUCACUAUUGAACUUGGCUGUGUCAAGUUUCCCUGGGAGAAGGACCUGCCCAAAUACUGGGAUCAAAACCAACGAUCCAUGCUACAAUUCAUCCACCAGGUCCACAGGGGAGUCAAGGGCACCGUCUCAGACAUCCACACUGGUUCUGGCAUCCCCGAUGCCACCAUUCGCGUUGAGGGCAUAGAUCACAACGUCACUACAGCCCAGACGGGAGACUACUGGAGGCUGCUGGUCCCCGGGACAUUCAGCCUCAUCGCCUCGGCCCGCGGGUAUGAACCGAUGAAGAUCUACGCCACCAUCCCAAAAGACAGAGUAGAGGUGGUGGACUUCAAACUGAGCCGCGUCGGCGCCGGGCCUGAAGGCCGGCUCCCAGCGGGCCCGCCGCCCACCCAGGACCCCUCAGUGGAGGAGUUCCAGAACUUCAUCCGCUACCUGUCCCAGGGCGAGGGUCUGGAGGAGCUAGUGAGGAGCACCGCCACGGAGAACAGCUACCGCUACCGGAGUGAGAGAGAGAUAGCAGAGUCCCUGAGAGGCCUUCUCCUCAACUUCCCCAAAAUCACCUCCCUGCGAAGUCUGGGCCAGAGUGUGGAUUUCCGAACCAUCCGGGCUUUGGAGAUCUCUAACCAGCCGGAUGAGGCGGAGCCUUCUGAACCCAAAAUAAGAUUUGUGGCAGGGAUCCAUGGAAACGCUCCAGUGGGAACUGAGCUUCUGCUGGAAUUUGCAACCUUCCUGUGUAUGAACUAUGGCAAGAACCCGGCCAUCACCAGGCUCAUUAACAGUACACGGAUUGUCAUCCUGCCCCUCAUUAACCCAGACGGUAGGCAGCUGGCAGUGGAAAAGCAGUGCACCUCCACACGGGGCAUGGCCAACGCUCGCGGCAAAGACCUGGACACAGACUUCUUUGGCAACGCUUCCCAGCACGUGGUGGAGGCCCAGCCUGAGACCAGAGCAGUGAUGAAGCUUAUCCUGGAGAGGGGGCAAACGCUGUCUGUGUCUUUAGAUGGGGGCGCUCUUCUGGCUACCUACCCUUACGACAAACCCGUCCAGACUGUUGAAAAGGAGGGCACUCUGAAGUACUUGGCUAAUGUGUACGCCAGAAACCAUCCCAGGAUGCAUCUUGGAGACCCCAGAUGUCCGAGCACGGGGCAAGGCGGGGUUCUGAGGGCGGCAGAGAGGCAGAGCCACAUGGGCAGCAUGAAGGACUUCAGUGUGGACUUUGGCCAUUGUCCAGAGAUCACUGUGUACACGGGCUGCUGUAUGUUCCCCCCCGCCGAGCAGCUGUCCACACUGUGGGCAGAGAACAAGAAGGCCCUUCUCAGCAUGCUUGUGGAGGCCCAUAAGGGCGUGCGAGGUGUGGUGCGGGACCGGAGUGGGAAGCCCAUCGUCGGGGCCAUGAUCGUGAUGAACGGGGGGGUGCGGGUCUACACUGCAGCAGGGGGCUUCUUCCACGCUCUGCUGGUCCCGGGCAGCCACGACAUUGAAGCCAUCGCUGAUGGAUACCAGCAUCAACGGCAGAAGGUGGUGGUGUCGUCCCAUGAAGCGGCCAGUGUGGUCAUCAUUUCGUUGAACAUGGACAACCGUAUCUUCGGUCUGCCCAGAGAGUUUGUGGUGGCUGCUGCAGCAGCCUCUAUGACGGCCCUGGUGUUGACCGCCUGCAUCAUCUGGUGUGUGUGUUCGGCCAAGUCCAACCAGCAGAAGGACGGCUUCCACCGGCUGCGGCAGCACCGGGAUGACUACGAGGACGAGAUCCGCCUGACCUCCAUGGGCUCCAAAAAGGCCCUGCUGGGCCACGAGUUCCAGGACGAGAGCGAGAGCGACGAGGAGACGCUGUACGCCAACAAGCUCUGAAGCACCGGCGACGGCCCGCACACCCUGUCCCUGCACUCUGCUUGUAGCCCGGUGUUUUCCUUUUUGGUUGUUUGUACAUUCGUUCACUCUUGGCCCGCGAGAACGUGAUGGACCAUUGGGCUAUGGCACCCGUUUGCUUUUUCGACAGACUUUUCAAAAGUGAUUGCAUCUCCCGCUCUGGCUCACCCUCGCUCUCUCUCUCUCUCUCUCUCGCUCUCUCUCUCGGCCAUCAACCUCCUGAAUAUGUGUGUAUUAUAGUAAUACUAUGAGAAGAGGAAGCGAGGAGCUGCCCUGUAUAGAGGGGACACUGGGAGCUUACAAUUCAACGCCUAUCCGUCCAAUACACACCGAAAGGUCAACCCUUUUCACAUCCAAUCCCCCCCAAAAAGCAUUGUCUCGUGAGAAAGUGGUUCAGUCCAACCACACGAAUGAUGUUCUCACUAUGCUUGAAUGAACUUUACAUAAUCACAGAAACCUGCCGUUAUUGAUAGAACAUAUGCUGCAAUGCUACUGUACAUUGAUACAAAGUGAAAGUUAUUAUUUUUAGGUACCAUUUUGGGAUGGAGAACCCAACACUGUGCCUUGGCUGUGGUCAAAUUCAACAGCCUGUUGAAAGAGUUUGUGACGGAUUAUGAAUGGUCUAGAAUCAGAUCCAGGCUUAACUAAAGGGUGUACGGUAAUUUAACUUGUAAAGUUGCUGAAAUCAAAUGUUUGUAACCGGUUGGUUGUAUUUUCCUCCUCUCAGCUCCCUGACGCAAGUCAAAUGGAGAGAGUUGUAGGUACAGGGAGCUCUAUGCAUAGGAAAGCAAUGAUGAAAGCAAAGAAUGCUUUUUAAGAUAUCCGUAAACAUCAUACGUCAGAAACUAUGAUCCUCAAUUGUUGACUUAUUGGAUCAUCUUUUUUUUGAUUUGCAACAUUUUGGAUAGAAUAUAAAAUAACUUUUUAAAUGUAUUUGGCUUUCAUGGCUUUCUGAA